AGAAAGAUUUGAAAACCGAGGAAGAAGAGAAACAGAGGGAGCGAGUGCAGUGGGGAUUGCGAAAAAUGGGAGAGGUUGUUAUGUUGAUUGACGAUUUGAAAUCUAUUUCUGGGAUUUCUCGAUGCAGAAUAUGUCAUGAGGAAGAAUUCGAGAGCUCAACAAGCUUUGAGGCUCCCUGUGCUUGUUCUGGGACCGUCAAGUUUGCUCACAGAGAUUGCAUACAGAGAUGGUGCAAUGAGAAAGGGAAUACAAUCUGUGAAAUAUGCCUCCAGUUUGACUUUUUGUUCGCAGCAAUAUGAACCUGGCUACACAGCUCCUCCAAAGAAAUUGCAGAUAAAUGAUGAAGCAAUGACCAUCCGAGAUAGCCUGCAAGUUGCAAGAAUGGAUGAAGAAGCGCUUAAUGCAAGAUUAGAGGCAAUAGUUGAAAGAGUGACAAUAGAAAGUGAUUACUCUGAAUGCACGUCUGCCGCAGAUAGAAGUGCAUCUUACUGUCGAUUCCUGGCCUUGGCAUUCACACUCUUUAUGCUCGUGAGACAUCUUUUCGCCGUGCUUACAAGUGGAGUAGAAGAUUACCCAUUUACACUUCUUACUGUUUUAAUGCUAAGGGCUGGCGGAAUUGUUCUACCCAUGUUCAUGAUUAUUAGGAUGAUCGGAGCGCUUCAAAACAUCGUCCAGCGCCAGCAUCAGGAUUCUGAAGGUGGCGCAGCAAUAUCUGACGGACACAACAACGAAAACGGGCCACUGCGUGAUGUGAUUUUUAGACACACAUAGGCAGUCUUUCGGAGCAUCAUGCUGAUGCCCUUCACGAGUUCCAACACUUAUGCAACAUCAAUUAAUUUUAUGGAAAAAAGUAAUUGAAUUCAUAAAUUAAAUUCAAAUGCAUUUUCAUUCU